AUGGGAUAUACAGAUACCACAUCGAAAGAGAGCGGGUCAUUUGAAAAGCCCCAACAGAAUCACAAAUCCGCCUCUCAAAAGACACUUUCAAAACUCCGCAAGAAAUACUGCUCAGGAACAUGCCUCAAGUUCGUUUAUUUGGCCUGUGCGACUCUAGUGUCAGCUAGUAUAAUUAUUGAGUGCAUUCUUGCUCACCUCGUUAUUACUCCCUACGUGUCUGAAUCUGUCUUUGAAUCCGGCGUCUGUUUUCUCUACUACACCACUACUGGAAAGCGCGUGAAGUGCGAGAAUAAAUGCAGUAAGGAUCGCUCAUCCUUUCCUUGCGCCAAUGUUCAAGUCAUUUAUAUCCCCGCUCCUCAAGUACAAGAAGACCAAGUUCCCAAGGUCGUGAAGGCAUUGCGAUAUCGAAAUCCUGGAGUGAGGGAGUACUUGAAGGUGAGGGAAGCAAGGCUCCUCUAUCUCUACGACUACUUCAGUACUUAUGCAGCCUACAAGUCGGACAGGUGCUCAACAAGCCCAUGUAACCGUCGCGAAGCCGACAAUGCAGAAACAGUGGACCAGUACCUAAGGGAGUUACAUGCGACUGGGAUUAUGCCCUGCUUUGCUAGACCCCUACGAAAGGCCACUUUCUCCCAUGAACUCCAACUACUAAAAAGGGGAUUCAACGAUUCAAACAAUGCAUACAGUUCUAAGGGAGUUCAUAGCCUUUCUGAAGACAAUGAACAGACAUUUCUACCUUUGCUAACAAUAGACUGGCUGCGAGAAGGAAAAAAUUUAUCAGCAACAGAGCUGGCAGCCUCCAAUCGUCUUCUUCAUACGCCACCAUCACCUCCGACUUUCGGCGGAGGCGAAUUGAAUGCGGCUGCGUUGAUGCAUCGACUUUAUCCUGAUGCACUCCUUUUCCAUUCUCUCUUCUGGCCUCUGACGAUCAUUAUCUGCGGUCUUCUUCUCAUUGCACUAGCAUACUCUAUUGAUGGUUGUAAAGUAUGGCAAGCUGAUAUAGCAGUUAUUGCAUGA